GCGUUAGCUAGCUAACCUAGCCAAUGAGGUGUGUGUGUGAACGAAAUAGUCAAAUAAAUUAUGCUAGUUACUACCCCUGAUAACUUUACCAAAUAAUCAUGUUUGAAAGAGUGUGAGUGUGUAUGCUAGAUAAAUAGUAAUAGAAAAUGGUAGAUACUACUGUACCCCUGAUAAUUUGGUCAGAUAACCGYGUGUGUGUGUCUAUGUGUACAGUAGGUGACAUGUCCAUGAUUGCUAUCUAAUAACUAUAGUUAUGCUAGGUAAUGGUUUGGCKUAUCAUGUUCAUGUCUAUGURGMAGAAGACUGUAGGAGGAAAUGGAGAGGACUCAGGRACAGGUAUCAGAGAGAGAGAAGGGCAAAGAAAGAUAAGAAGAGGUCUGGGUCAGCAGCCUUGGCGCUUCUGCCACAUUAUUUCUUUUCUGGAUCCAUUUAUUGUGCCGAGGGCAAUGAGUGGCAAUUUUACAGCCAGACCCUCUACUACGUCAUCCACAAGUGUUGUCGCCACCGGUGCAUCAAGACCCUCUACAACGUCUACAUCAUCCACGAGUAUGACCACCACCGGUGCAUCGAGACCCUCUACAACGUCUACAUCAUCCACGAGUAUGACCACCACCGGUGCAGCCAUGGAAGAUGAUGAAAUGGAGGAAGCACCUCUGGAUCUSGGACCAGCUGAGAUUAUUAUGAACCUCACGGAAGUGACCACUGAGGACCUCGUUGAACAGGAUGUGGCCGUGGAGACAAACAGGGAGAGAAACGACGAGGAACAACGUCACACCAGGCGUCAUCGGAGGUACCAGCCCCCAGAUCCACUCAACUCAUUUCAGCAGAGGCUCCUCCAAGCCGUCGAGAGGGAUGCAGCCCAACCUGAUGCUCACAGGAAGGAGGAUGAAGAGACCCUCUUUGCCAUGAGCCUGGUGCCAACCCUGAAGAGGCUGCCUCAGCAAAGAAAAGCAGCAGUCAAGGUUAAAAUGUAUCAGCUGCUUUUCCAAGCCGAGUUCAAUGAAAUGGAGUCAAUUUAGCCGACCAGCUCACAGGAAGAGGAGAGGAGUUGUCUGGGUGUUGUUUUGACCUCCCUCAUUGUACCUUUCUUUUCACACACAUCAGUUCCGUUUAAAUUCAGUCAAUUCAUAAAGUAAUUUGUUUAUAAAGUCUUAGGAUAGCAUUCAUUAUUAGUGUUACAUAGAUGACAGAAUUGACAGAAUUGAAACUCAUACACCGGAGAAUUCACAGAUGCUCUUGUUGGUCUCUUACGAGACUAAAGGUGAAUAUAUUUCUUUCAUUUAAAACCACUUGAAAACCAGGGUGUUGAAACUGUUUGUGAAGUUAUGUUCCAUCGACUGGUCCAUGACGUCUAGGGGCCAUUUGUUUGUUUAGCUGUGUUAUGGCUACACAUUAUUUAAUUUUUUCCAGAGACAGAGACACACACACACUUCUCCACUUCUCUCUGUGCCUCAGAUCUCCAGUGCCCUGCCCUCUCUCUCUUUAUGGCCAUGUCUGAAGUUCCCCUACUACGUCUAGGCUUUAUGAGUAGUCCCUGUAUCGGUCUGCAGUUGUGCCAAAAAUACAUGCUCUUGUUGUUCUCUUACAGAUUACAGGCUACACAUUCAUUUUAUUUAUUUUUUACACGCACAUACAGACCUCUUUCAAUAGUUCUAUUUUUAUUUUUUUAAACAUUUUUACAACACACAUACCUGUCAUGUUCUUUCCUGUACUUGAAUACUUAUUCAAUUAUGUUUUCAUAGUCA